AUGCGGACGCCGUUCUUCCACAGAUCACUCCAUAGUUCUCGCCUGGACAGUAUAACUCCAGCUCCAGAUACCCCGUGGAGCUUGGUCGGCUCAGCAGAUGAAACCCUACACAACCAGCUAGAGCAUUUCUACUGGGAAGGCAUAAAAGGAGAGCUUGAGAACAUCAUUCGCACAUUGAAAGCAUGGGGACAGCCAGAGCUAGCGUCCGUUGCUAUUGAGGAAGAACAGGAUAACCACAUCCAUGGGUUCGACGCCUUCAUCGAUCAGGUCAGCCAAGAGUCUCGAGCGUUUGCUAUACGAUACGGAAAGAAAAGGGAAGAGUGGGAAAAUGCGAGGAAGAAUAACCUACCCCCGCCAAAAGUGUCCUACAAAGAUGCCCUCGUUGAUCGAUAUUUGGACCAAAUGGCCGAGUAUAAGAUCGCGGAACUUAAGUCCGGAGUGAGAAAGGCGAUAGAGGCCCUUCCUAUAGACCUUGGUACUAUCAGACGAGCGAGGAUGUUGCUGCAAAGUGCUGUGACUCUAUCGAAGCUCAACGAAUCCUGGAUACCAAGACUGGAGCCACUACCCUGUACAAAAUGCAAGAGCUUCAUUCGCGGCAGCAUGUUUACAGCUAAAGAUCCGACUUAUCCAAGCAUCAUCUGUGAGCAGUGCUACUGGCUACACUUCUACGGAAAUAAGCGGUAUACAAAGACUUACAAACACUGUAUCCUCUCUGAGGCUAUCACUCCAGUUAGAAGCAGGAAGAUCUGCCGCUGCCGGGAUGUUCCACACUUUGAUAGCUCGGGGCAUCCAAGAAGUUUGUUUCCAGUUAUCAAAGGUGAGAAUCACCUCAGCGCUGGCGGGUUUGGAAGCAUCCAGUGCGGCAUCCUGAAACUGGGUGAACAUGUGGCUCUCGCAAAAUACAAGGGGUUGCAAACUAUCGUUGGGCUAAAAGCCAACAAAAACCGCCCUGCCACAAUCUCAGGAGUUACAAGGACACCGAAGGAGGAUAACACAAAACCUAAGAAAAUACCUGGAUGGAGACCCGGCAAACUAACGACAGUCGCCAGCAGAAGCCUCCACAACUCCGCAAGUCGAACUCCUUCAGAAAGCUCUACAAGUGUUGCGACAGAGGCCCAGGCAGAUGGAGAUAUACCCCUAUUUUUCAGGAAAUUCACCGAGAAGUAUCCUUUUGGAAAUGUCCAUAUGGCCCUUCGAGUCGGGCCUCUCGUCAUCGAAAACGGUGUCUCUCAUACAAAGCGAGGGGCCUUGGUCACUGUCCGGGAAACACCAGUUUUCCACCAACGCUUUGAUUUGGUUAACUCCUGCGACCGAUGCUUCGCAGUUAGUGAAGGGGACUCUGGUAGAUUACUGUGGCAGCAGAAGGCCCGACCGCGGGGACUUUCCAAACGAUUCAAAGCUAUCAUGAAACAAGUAGUUGGCGUUCCGUUUUCGGGCAUCCUAGACAAUGAAUCUCUUGAAAACCAGAUCGUUGAGGACAUUGUGGUAGCCAGCAAACUGCCCUUUGACGACCCAGGGCUGUCAGCCGCAGAUCAACGUAGCUUGUUGGACUCUGCAAUCGGCCCACUGCUUGCAAAACUCCAAGCUUUGAUCGGUUGGAGAGUGAAAGUCUAUAUGGAGAGUAUAUCCAAUCGGCUCUUGGAUCCCAAGACCAAGCUCUCCUGGAGUCUCACAGGAAACAACUGCCAAAGCUUUUGCAACACAAUUCUUGAACCCGACUUAUUCGAACACCUUCUCAAUGGACCCGAAACAAUGAUUGGCCAGCACAGAGAGCCAUUGUAUCUCAUGAGUUUCGUAUGCCCUCAGGAUGGAUAUAUAAAACGCAAAGUUCGCACCAAGUUCGACGUGCCUAUCGGGCUGACUGAGGAGUACCUCCUGAAGUUUCACUUCGGCCGCCACGAUGAAGCGGAUAUCAUCGAUACCCUGCUGGAAUACUGGUAUGACUGGGGCGCGUUCGCGGCGCCACUAUACAAGUACCAGGAUCUCUUCCCUUGGGAUUGCACGGAGGCAUAUGGGAAAUAUCCAACAAGGUGCGGGGAUUGUAACCUUGCAAAGCAUGUCUGGGCAUUUCCCUUUGACUCGUGGUCCAUGACUGCGCUGCACUUAACUCGAGACCAGCACUUGUACGCGCCAGGCCUUUCAGAGCCAGCCGAGAGAAAACCCAAAACCGCGGCCUGGAUGGAGAACCGCCUGUCAAUUCUCACUGCUUCGUACCUUCUAACUCGUGCAGCAGUAGCCAUGGCAAAGACGCCGAGGCUCUGUUCUGCAACGUCGUGGCUACAUUCGAAGCAUAAGGGCGGCUUGCGGGCUGCUGACUCGUCUCUUUCGCGGGUAAAGCUCGGCGGAAUCCAUCGCGCACAGCCAUUCAGUCACUACUUCGAGGCCGGGACGUAUAGUCAUUACUUCAUUGCUGAGUGGGCCCUCCUAUCGCGAAGGGACCAAAUCGAGGCCUAUGAACUGAUGCGGGAUGGCCGCAUCAAACUCCCUGAUGUUCCUUACGCCUUCAGCUCACAGAGCAGAUUCGAGCACCUAAGCAAAGAUGGCUCCUCAAGUUUCUCUGGUUUCGGCGGUAGGAUUGACGCUGCAGGUCUAGCCGAUGAAGAUAGCGCUAGCCCGACUACAUCGGGUUUAAACAACUUUGAAGCGGAGUUGACGCAUUGUGACGCCGGAUUGGGUGGCUAUGGACCAGCGCCGGAUGCCGCUACGUGCCAUGAUGGCGGUGCUCCGAACUGCGGAGCUUCAGGAUGCGGCAACAGCGCUUGUGGGGGUGCGGCUUGCGGAGGCAGAGGCGGAAGUUGUGGAGGCGGAGACGGAGGCGGAGGCGGCGGCGGAGGUUGCGGAGGUGGAGGUGGAGGUGGAGGUUGCGGCGGAGGAGAUUAA